AUGAAAUCAAAAAAUUUAAAAUCAGGUAAUAAAAGUUCAUCCAUAAGUAAGUCAGGUAAAAAUGUAGAUGAUAACGAUAUGAUUACGUAUAAAACUGAUGAAGAAAAUAAUUCAGAACAAGUUGUAAUUGAAAAGGAGAUCAACUUAGAAAACGAUUAUCAUAAUUAUACGUAUGUAAUUGAACACUUAGAUUUUAGCCUUUUUUGUAAAAAAAAUGGAAGGAAAAGUGAUGGCAUGAAUGGAAGUUCUGAAACAAAAGAAGAGAUUACAAAAAUAGAUGGAAAAAGAUUAAGUUUUAUUGGAAAAACUUAUGACUAUUUGAAAAAUAAAAACUUUAACCCAAAACAUUUAAAAAAAUUAGAAAUUUCUCAAUAUUUUGAAAAAACGCUGUGGGCAUACUACAAUAUGUAUGAUGAAUUGUAUACUUUAGGUAACAACAGUAUUUUUUUUUACAACGAAGUAUCAAAUGAGAGAGUGAGCUUUUUAUAUAUAAAACAUAUAUUAUCACUAAUUGUCUUCAUUUGUUAUAAAUAUGAAGAAAAAGGAAAAUAUGAAAUUUGGGAUGAAAUAAUUUGUAACAAAAUAGAUGAAUUUGAAAAAUUAGUGGAAGUGGAAAAGGGGAAUUGCACAGAAAAGGAGAAUUGUAAUAUAUAUGAAAGAUAUGAUUUAUAUAAAGAUUUUUUGAUAGAAAAAUUUAAUAGUUUAUUUUUUAAUACGCUCAAAUUAAUUAAUUAUAAUUUUGUUUUAAAUGAUUUUGUGGAAAAUAUUGACAAUAAAUUGGAGAACCGUCAAAUGGGUACUAAACCAAUCAGUUAUAGAAAAAAUUUAUACAAAUUAAAUUUUUUAGAAAAGUCGAUAAUUAUUCAGUUUUUUAUAAAUAUAUAUUCUAGUAUAGAUAAAAAGUUUCUUUUUAAAUUGUGUGUAGAUUUGUGUAAUCCUUUUAUAUGGAACCAUAUACAUUACGAUUACUUAAAUAAAUUUCUUUUUGAAAAAAAUAAAGAAGCGAAAAUGCUUUAUAAUAAUCUUUUAAAAAUUAUGGAUAAGAAGUAUAUAAAUGGCAGAAGUUACAGUGUGUUAAAUGUAUAUAUGAGUAAUUGCUGCAUAAUGUCUCAAGACGAUACAUCAAAUACUGAUACUAAUGAAAAAUUAAAAAAUAAUGGAAAGAUGAAUCAUUUAGAAAAGAAAACAAGAGAAUAUGAUGAAAAUAUUAUUUUACUUGUGAAUAAAAGUGAAUUUUUUUAUAACUUAAUAAAUUACUUUCUAAUUGUUUUAGAUAUCAUUGAGCGGAAAUCUGAAGAAUUGGACGAUCUAACAAGCAGUUCAUCUUCCUUGUCCUCUAUGACUGAUAACGAAAUUGAAAACAUCAAGUUAGAUGAUUAUGAUAAUUACGUGGAUAAAUUUAUUGAUGAAAAUGUUGAUCUUCCUUUUUCGGGCAAAAUGAAAUUAAAUAAUGACAGUACAAAAGAAAAAACUAUUCUUUCAAAUGGUAAUACAAUGAACGGUACAAAUGAUAGAAGCAAAGAGGAAGUGGUGCCUAUUAAUGGAGAGGAUAUAAAUUGUGAGGAAAAUGCUUCCAAAAAUGGACGUUCAAAUAAGCGUACAAGAUGUGGUAUAAAUAAUAGUAUUGAUAAUUACGAAGUGAAGGUAGGGGUAGAGGAAGACGAAAAGGAAGAAGAAGAUGACUAUUUAGAACGCUAUUCGAAAUAUGCCUCUAGCGAAGAUGAAAAGAACGAAAUUUAUUUUAAUCACAGUGAAUAUAAAAAAGAAGAGAUAUUACAUAUGUUUUCUAAAUAUGAAAGCAGAAUAAAACAGAAAAGUAAAAAAUGUGUACGUGAAAAGAUUAGGGAAAAUGUUAGAGAAAAGAAGAAGAAGAAGAAAAUAUAUGAUGAUGAUAGUAUGAAUGUUGUUAUUUUAUUUGUUGAAAAAUGUAUAGAGUUUUUUAUUGAUCUGUUAAGCCAGCUUUAUUCAAGAAGAGUGUUGUACAUUUUUAUGAAAUAUUUUAAUGUAUUAAUAUAUUGUAAAAUAUCUAGUUUGAACAAAAAAAGGAAGUUCAAAGAAUUAAUAAAACUGCUGAAAUACUAUCUUGAAAUGUAUAUAAAUAAUUUUUCAGGGAACCCAUUAACUUAUUUAGAAAUAAAUAAUGAACAUUAUAAGAAUUUUGAAUAUUUUCAAAUCUUCUGUUAUAAAUAUUUUAAGGAUCAUAAAAUAUUAAAAAAUUAUUACCUAAAAUCAGUUUUUUUAAUGGAUAAAAAAAAGGAAUUACUGGAGAAUUUUUCGAAAUUAGAAAAAGAGGAAUUAUUAUUUUUAUGCGAAAAUUUAAAAUAUAUUAUUGUGACCCCGUCUGAGCAGAAGUCGGGAAAAAAGAGAUGUACGGAAAAAGAGACCAAAGGGAAAGAAAUGGAAGAAGAGAGUAAUCAAUUAUUUGACAUUAACACGCAAGACAAUAAAGCACAAGGUGGCAAACCGCACGACGAUAUGUCUCACAACGAUACGUGGAAUAGUAGCAAUAAUAGGCUGUUUAGAAACGUGCACAUAUUUAGUAGGAAGAGAAAACUAUUUUACAUUACCUUACUAAUUGAAAAUUUAAGUUUUAAAAAAAAUAUUUUUGAAGAAAUUGAUAAGAACUGUGAUUACCCAAAUGAAAAGGAUUUAUUUGAAAAUGUUUUGAUUGAUACAAAAGAUGAUUUGAAAAAGAAAAGAAAAACUUUCCUUUAUACGAAACCUUUGUUUAAGUUGAAUUUACAAUAUUUAUGCAUUAAUGACUAUAUUUUUAGAAUAUAUAAUUUAUUCAAAUUACAGAGUUACUAUGAUAUAAGGAAAAAUGUAAUUGAGUACGUGUAUGAAACAAAUCCAAAAAAUAAAAAGGUAAAUGAGAAUACUAUAUGUAACUAUGUUUUCGAAAUAGAUGAAAAUAGUAAUUUAAAUAAAAGUGAAAAUGAAGGGGAAAGGAAAAUAAAAAAAUUAUAUUUUGAAAGUGGAAAGCAUGGUGCACAUAAUAAUUAUAACGAUGAUGAAGGUUUAAAAAUGAAUAAAAAAAGAAAAUACGAAGAAGAAAAUUUAGAACAGAAUGUUAAUACUGCAAAUCACAGCGAUGACUUAUUAUUAGAGAGCAGUAAUAUGUAUAAUGAAUAUCAACUGAACUCUAUAAUUAAUGAUGUUAAUAAGAUUGAAAAUACUUAUUUUACAAAUGAAAGAAGAAUGAGCAAUAAAAUUGAUUCUUUCAAAAUUGUAAAUAUUGAUAAUAAUAAGAAAAUGAUUAUGGGAGAAAUAGUUAUAGAUCUAAAAUAUAAAUAUCACGAAAGAGUUCAUAACGAAUGGAACAUGAUUAGACCGUCCGAUAUAUUAUUUUUAGUUUGUGUAAAGAAUUAUACAAAUCAUUAUAAGAAUAAAUUAAAUGUUAUUAAUGAUAAUGAUUUAAAAAAAUUAUUAGGAAUUAAUUAUGUAAGAGGAUGUGAAGUUAUUAAAUAUGCAAAUUUUGUAGAAGAUGAUAAUGAAAUGGAUAAUGAAAAAUGUAGCAUGAAGAAAAUUACCGUGUAUUUAGAUUAUUUACAGUAUCAAAAGGAUAUUAUAAAUGCGCCUGAAAUAUAUAGCUCAUUUAAUUUACUGGUAAGAAGGAAGCAAAAGGAAAAUAAUUUUUUUUACAUUUUGAACAAUAUUAAAACAUUAAUAAUGAACCCAGAUGAUGCAGUUAUACCCUACUGGGUGCAUGAUAUCUUUUUGGGGUAUUGUGAUAAUUCCUUAAAAUAUUACAAAAAAACGUUACCACUUAGAGGUGAAGAAAAAGAGGAAAACUUAUCUGAAGAAAACUCGGAAAGCGUGAGCUCGAAUGGAGAGCACUCGGGUGAGGACUACUCAGAUGAGGACUACUCAGAUGAGGAUGACUCAGAUGGGGAUGAGUCAAAUGGGGAUGAGUCAAAUGGGGAUGAGUCAAAUGGGGAUGAGUCAAAUGGGGAUGACUCAGAUGGGGAUAACUCGGAAGGUGGAAAUUAUAAUCAAAAAAGUGUUCUUAAAUCCAACGUAGGAAAAGUGUCAAAGAAAAAAAAGGGGUAUAAUAAAACGAAAUUAAAUUAUAUAAGAAAGAAUAUUGAUGAUAUUAAUUAUCUAAACACCUUUUUAAACAUCAAACAUAUACUAGAAACAACGAAUGUCGCAUAUCUAUGUAUUGACUCAUCAUAUAUAAAUGUAUCAAAUGGUAAUAGCGACAAAGUUAGUAUAAAAAAUUUGCUGAAUGAAUAUAUUGAACCUUUGUUUUUAAGUUAUAUUCCUAUAAAAUAUGAUAAUCAAAAAAAUUCUCUUCAGAAAAGUGUGUUACAUAGAAACAUAAUUGAAAGUUUAUAUUAUCACAUUUGUGUAAUUAAUAAAUAUAAAGUUGAUGAUAUGAAUUUCAUUUCAAAAUUUAUAUCAAACAUUAAAGUGGCAUAUCACUGUGAAAAAUUUUUCGUCUUUCAGUUUGAAUUUAAGCAAAAGGAAUAUUUUUUAAUUUUAAAUAAUUAUUUAAAUAAAGUGAAAGAGGAGGAGAAAAAUAAUGCAACCACUUGUUACAAGGAGGGAUAUUGUGAUAGUGAAGAAGGCGCUGUGAUAAAUGAUCAUAAAAAUGUAAAGAAAAUAUUUGAUAAAAUCAUGGAAAACUCCAUAAAGUACUUAAGUUUGAAAGAUGGAAUAUAUAGAAUACAGAAUAAAAUAUAUGAUGAUGAAAACUAUCCAUUAGAAGGGUUAUUAAUCCAUACGACAAAAAAAAAUAGCACAAAUAUUGAAUUUGGUAAUAAAGAAAAGGAUGGAAAUAAACUUGUAAAAAAUAAAAUACAUUAUACAGAAAGACAAAUCGAAUGCAUAAAAAGUGGUUUAUAUAAAGGCAUAACAAUUAUUGAGGGUGUUCCAGGUAGUGGGAAAACCAGUAUAUUAAAUAAAAUUAUAAAUAUAUUAUUUAAUAAUAAAAAAAAAGAAAAGAUUCUUAUAUGCACACACAGUAAUAGUUGUUUAAACUACAUUUUUAAUUUACUUGUUAAGGAAAAUUUGAUUCAUCAAAAAUAUUUAUGUAGAGUAGGAAUGGGAGAAUUAGAUAUUGAAAAUUUAAGAAAUGAGUAUGAAGAAAUAGAAAAAAGUUUAAAAAAAAAUUAUCAUAAUGACAAAGAUCAUCUAGAGAUGAUUAAUAACUCGGAUAAUAUUUUAAAUGAUGAAGAUGAUAAUUUUAAUUUUUCAAAAUAUGGAAGAAUAAAUUAUAUGAUUGAAUUAAGACAAAAAUUAUUGAAUGAAAUAAGUUUGAUAUCCGUGUCAUGCAAUAACAAAGAAAUAUUUAAUUGUUUAUCUGCUACUCAAUAUUAUGAAAAUAACGUUAAAAAACGUAUUUCCAAAUUUUUUAUGUUUGUUGAUAUAUUUAAAAAAAAUGCAAAUAUUGAUAGUUUUUUUAAAUUAUACAUAUCAUCGUCCAUUGAUGACUACGAUAUAUACAACUUAUUUUUGUGUCCAAAAAUGUAUGUAAAACAGUUCGAAAAUGUGGAGUAUAUUGUGUGGAAAAUGGACAAUGCAAACGUAUACUGCAGUAAGGAAAUAGAAGAACUGCAUAUAUUAGAGGAAGACAAAUCGUGCUUUUAUUUAAUUCAUCCGGAACAUCAACUAAAGAUAUUAAAUUUGAGCAUAUAUAAUAUUAUAUUCCCUUUUAAAAAAUAUAUAACGUUGAAAUUAGAAAGAAUAAGUAUUGAUCAAUAUUUGGAUUAUAAAAAUAGGUUUGCCGAUAAAAAUAUCGGAGCUGAACAUGCCGAUAAUUUGGAAAACUGUACUGGCACAAAUUUGAGUGCAAGUGGUUUAUGGGUAAAUGAUGCACUGGGAAAAGAGAAAAUGGAAGAAGAGGAAGAGGAGGAUGUAGAGAACGGAGAAGGGGAAGUAGAAAGAGGAGGAAGAAAAAACUCGAAAGGUAAUGCUAUUCAAAAGAAUUUUAAAAAAGAAGAGUCACUAACUAAUAAUGAAUUUAAAAGAAUAGAAGAACAAAGAAAUAGGACAAAAGAUAAUCAGGAUAAGCAUAGCAUCUUCAAAGGAGAAUUAACUGGUAUGACGUUCAAAAAUAAUGAGGAUGAUUUAUAUGUAUGUAAAUAUUAUUUAGCAAAAUUAAUAAAAACGCAUGAACAUUUGAAUGACUGUAGAGCAUUUGAAGUUUUAAAGAAUCAGCGAGAAAGAGGCGUUUACAUAAUAGCAAAAUUAGCAAGGAUUAUUGCGAUGACUUGUACCCAUGCAAGUAUAAAUAGAAGUAAAAUAACGAAAUUACAAUUUUAUUUUGAUAAUAUUAUAAUAGAUGAAUGCACACAAAUUACUGAGAAUGACACAUUUUUGCCAUUAUUGCUUCAAGAGAAUAGAUAUGAUAAAAGCAAAUUAAAGAGAAUUAUUUUUGUAGGGGAUUCAAACCAACUACCGCCUAUUAUAAAAAAUAAAUAUAUAAAAAAUUUUGCUAAUUAUGAACAAUCUUUGUAUAAACGAUUUUUAAGAUUAGAAUUACCUUCUAUUUAUUUAAAUGAGCAAGGACGUAUGAGGAACGAGAUAUGUAACAUUUAUAAAUAUUUCUAUAGUAAGUAUAAUAUACAAAUAGCAAAUUUAGAAUGUAUACACAGAGAUAAAUUUUUAAAGAAUUUUAAUCCAGGAUUCACAUAUACUUAUCAGUUUGUACAUGUUGAAUCGGAGGAAUACACACCAGUACCUUAUUUUUACCAAAACUUGUUAGAGGCUGAAAUGGCGGUUGCUAUUUUUAUGUAUAUGAGAUUAAUAGGGUAUUCUAAUGAAAUUAUAACAAUAUUAACAACAUAUAAUGGUCAAAAAGAAUUAAUAUUAGACAUUUUAAAAAAAAAUUGUUUGUAUAAUAAGUUAAUCGGAGUUCCUAAAAAAGUGACAACUGUUGACAAAUAUCAAGGUAAGCAAAACGAUUACGUAAUAAUUUCAUUAGUUAGAUCAAAAAGUAUAGGUUAUAUGAAAAAUAUUAAAAGGUUGAUUGUUGCAUUUUCAAGAGCAAGAUUUGGUUUAUAUGUAGUUGGUAAUUAUAGUUUAUACAAGAAAAAUUAUGAAUUUAAAAAGCCUUUAUAUUUUUUUAGGAAGAAUAAAUUAAGUCUAUCCUUGCAACUGAAUGAACAUUUUAACACUAAAGAAAGAGACGGUAACAAUUCACCUGUUAUUAUAAAAGACUUAAAUCACUUUUACACAAUUUUGUACUCUUUGUCAAAUGCAUAUUUUCAACAAGGAGCUAGUUAG